GCCGCUCGCUUCAGUCCUUCGACAAAUGCCGCGCUGUUUGCUUCGUUCAACCAGAGGAAAGUUUUACAUUUAACUUGACCCAAACGUCGUUCGUCAAGUGGCAGUGCCGUGGAGUGACGCGAAAAUUGCGGAAAAUAGAAACCAUAAUUGUAAUAAGGUGUUUAGCUUUUACGCUCCUUUUCAAGUUCAAGUGACUUUUCCUUUUUUUGGUGUCGGCAUGCGUGAGAAGGCCAACCAUUUGCAUAAAUACAUAUUCCACCGAUACUGACUGGUGAAAUUUGGGAGCAUAAUAAAAAUAUAUACGAAAAAUAACAAAAAGUCUUUGAGUUAAAGUUAAACGGUAUUCCUGAAACAAUGGCAACAGCACAAAACAUUUUGUGGUUAAUACUACUUUGGGCCAUUGCGGUUAACGAGCAAGUGUUGGCCUCCAGUGUGGUUUUGAGCGAUGUGAACAACAUGUUGCGCGAUGCCAAAGCUGCAUCAUCUAAGGCGACCGCAAAAAACCCAACAAAUUUCGGCGUUCAAGAAGAAUCGUCAUCAUCAUCAUCAGCAUCGUCAGCGUCUGCUUCUACAUCUAGUGUGGAGCUUUUACGUUUUGUCGACGAUAACACCUCGGAGGAUGUUAACUCAUUGGAAAUACUGUCAAAUGGUCAAACGCUGUCUCUGAACCAACAAAAUGGCGUCGCUGCUGCUGCUGCCGGUGACCAACAGCACUUGACUUUAACCGAUCAAGUCCGUGUGUUGACCAAACAAUUGAACGCUUUGAUGACGCGUCGCCGCGAGGAUUACGAAAUGCUGGAGCACAAUUUACGUAAAUCCCUCAGACUAACCGCAGAUGCGGCCAAUGUGGAUGCAGAUGUGCGCAGCGAACUGGAGCAAUUGAGACAUGAAGUGGCCACAUUGCGUGCCUCUCAGAGUGGCAAUAAGGAACGUCUAACUGUGGAAUGGUUGCAGCAGUCGAUAUCGGAAAUACGCAAACAGUUGGCCGAAUUGCAGCGUUCGGCCGGUAAUAUGGCCAAAGAUGUACAGACACGCAGCGCGGGCUAUGAGGAUUUGGCCACCAUUCGGCAUGACUACGAGCAAUUGCAAUUGGAAUUGACUGCCCAAAGGGAGAGGCAACAGCAGACCGAGGUCUAUGUGCAAGAAUUGAGGGAGGAGAUAAUGCAACAGGAGCAGGACUUUCGCCAUCAACUCAACAAGCAAACGCCGUCCCAAACGAGAGAUUCAGCGAGCAUUGAGGAGACUAGCCAAGAGCUCUCUGCCGAUCAUAAGCGCCGCCAUUGCCGCUUCCAAAGCGAACAGAUACACGCCCUGCAGGUUUCCCACCGGGGAUUGCGUCGCCAGUUGAACGAACUUAAAUAUCAUCGCAUCGAUGAGCGGGUGCGAAGCCUGGAACUUGAACAGCAUCGGAUUGCCAAUGCCAAUUUCAACCUGAGUCGUCAAAUUGCCACACUCGAUAAGCUGCAUACAUCCAUGCUGGAGCUGCUCGAAGACGUUGAGGGAUUGCAGACGAAAAUGGACAAGAAUUUUCCGGAGUUCCGUCACGAGAUAUCUAAAUUGGAGUUUGCCAAUGCUCAAAUCAGUUCCGAGCAGAAUCUAGUCCGGGAGGAGAACAAAAACGAGGCCCGUUCGCUGCAAGCGAUGGCCGUGAGUGUCAGCGCCUUGCAGGACGAGAGGGAGGGAGUCAAGAAGCUGGUCUCCAAUGUGGCUCAACUCCAGACAAAUGUCGACCGCUUGCAAUCGAUGGUGGGCGAGGCUCUGGAAAUGCAGAAUAAAAAUAAGAUGUCACAUCUGAACAAGCCACACAAGCAUCCCCAAAUCCCUCAGACCGAACAAGAUUCUGCCCUGGCUGAAACUCUUGUGGCCGAACUGGAAAAUGUCGAGUCUCAAUACGAGGCCAUUAUUCAGAGACUCCCCCAUGACUGCAGUGAAGUAAGCCAAUUGGAUGAUGGUCUCCACUUGAUAGCUCCAGCUGGUCAGCACCAUCCUUUGAUGACCCAUUGCAGCUCGGAUGGCUGGACCACGAUACAACGUCGUUUCGACGGCAGUGCCGACUUCAAUCGCUCCUGGGUCGACUACUCGAAUGGCUUCGGUGUGCCUGGAGGAGAAUUCUGGAUUGGUAAUGAGCAACUGCAUCACCUGACACUGAAUAAUUGCAGCCAGUUGCGUGUUCACAUGCAAGACAUCUACGAUAAUGUGUGGGUGGCUGAGUAUGGCUACUUCUACAUAUCAUCUCGAUCGGACGGCUAUCGUCUGCACAUUGGUGAUUACAGUGGUAAUGCCUCGGAUGCCUUGAACUACCAACAGGGCAUGCAGUUCUCGGCCAUCGAUGAUGAUCGCGACAUCUCACAGACGCACUGUGCUGCCAACUAUGAGGGUGGCUGGUGGUUCUCUCAUUGCCAGCAUGCCAAUCUCAAUGGGCGCUACAAUUUGGGUCUGACUUGGUUCGAUGCUGCUCGCAAUGAGUGGAUAGCGGUCAAGUCAAGUCAAAUGCUGGUCAAGCCACGUCCAGCUGGCGAGUGCCCAGCCACAGCGUUAGCGACAGUAGAUUCCUCGUCCCCAAUAUCCACUCCUAUUCCCACAUCCUCUCCAAGUGCUGUUGCCGCUGCCGCUGCGUAAGUGAACUUAAACUAGAGCCACAGGAAACCACCAAAGCCAUUGGCCUAGUAUAGUUGGCAGUGCUUUGUUAGUUUGUGAGAGAGAAAAACGCCAAAGCGUUGUAAAAAAAAUUUAAAUUAUCAUCAUCAGCAUCCGCAUCACUAUCACCAUAAACAUUUGAAACUUGUAUAUAGCUAAAAGAAAAGAAUAAAAACAAACCAUAUAAUUUCUAAAUGGAGCUUACUGGCCUUAGAGUUCACCUAGGCGUAUGCGUAAUCUAGUUAAAUGUAUACACACACAGACACACACACACACAUACACUCUCACUUUCAUUUACACACAUGAACCCAUAUAUAAAUAUAUACAUAUGUUUUUUGGUCUUUCAAACAAGAUCUCAUAGAGGCUUAAGUUCCAUAACCGAGAAUCGGAGAGAAAGAAAGAGAAAUGUUUUAUUUUUCUCUCUCUCUCUUUUGAGAAACUUGGCAUAUCAGUUCAUGUCUAGUUAUAUAAGUCACAGAAAAAAGUCAGACAAAUAAUACCAUAUAUAUGUAGUAUAUAGAUGCAAAUGUGUAUGUCUAACACUAACUUCAUUAUUAGCAUUUAGCAUAUCAGUCAUAUUUAAGUAUCUAUAGACUAUAGAGUUGAUAAUUGUAAUUGUUGUACGAUAUAUAUAUAUAUAU